UUAACGAGCAGUGCUGUAAAAGGCGAAAAUAAAGAUGGCGGGUCUGACUAAAUUCAAAUGGCUCAAAAUGGCUUUUUUCUACCAGCAUGAAAUUUGUAUCAUAUUUUAACAGUACUAGUAAAUCGGUCGAUUUGCCAGCUGUGCCGCCAGCGCCAGCUAAGCAGCGAGCCACAACCUUGCCGGAAUUUCCGAGUACGCUUUCAAACAAUAAUUCCGGCAUUUCUACAUUGGGAGGAGCCACGAACAGAGCACUUGAAGAAGAUUAGCAAGGCUAGAACAAUGCAACUAAUAAAGAACAUACUACUAGUAAUUUCGAGCAAUAAGUGUUAAAUAUGCACCCAAUUGGAAUUCACAUCAAACUUUCCUUUUAAAAAUAAAACGUUUAAGUAAUGUAGUUAAUAUUUUGUGAAAUAUGCACCUAUAAAUAUUUAUUAUAAAUUCAGUGUAUUCAAAAGAGCGCCAAAGAGACUUUUACAACACUUUGAGCACAACUGUUGCUCGAGUGCGCACAUAACAAAAAUACUAAGAAAUACUUCUUUCAAAUACUGGCAU